GUGAGUUUGAAACUGCUUGCACUUAUCUUCCAAGCUGGCUCUGAGAAGUUGAGACGGGACGCAGACGUGGUAGCCGCAGCCACCGCUGCUUUCGCUGCGGGGUGAUUGGCCGGCAUCUACCAUAGCUAUUGAUUGACAAUGGAAGACUAUAUCAAAAUAGAGAAAAUUGGAGAAGGCACAUAUGGAGUUGUGUAUAAGGGUAAACAUAAAACCACAGGUCAAGUGGUAGCCAUGAAGAAAAUCAGACUGGAAAGUGAAGAGGAAGGGGUUCCUAGUACUGCAAUUCGGGAAAUUUCUCUUUUAAAGGAACUUCGUCACCCAAAUAUAGUCAGUCUUCAAGAUGUGCUCAUGCAGGAUUCCAGGUUAUAUCUCAUCUUUGAAUACCUUUCCAUGGAUUUAAAGAAAUACUUGGACUCGAUCCCUCCUGGUCAAUUCAUGGAUUCUUCACUUGUUAAGAGCUAUUUGUACCAGAUCCUACAAGGGAUUGUGUUUUGUCACUCUAGAAGAGUUCUACACCGAGACUUAAAACCUCAGAAUCUAUUGAUUGAUGACAAAGGAACAAUUAAACUGGCUGAUUUUGGUCUUGCCAGAGCUUUUGGAAUACCUAUUAGAGUAUAUACACAUGAGGUAGUAACACUUUGGUAUAGAUCUCCAGAAGUAUUGCUCGGGUCGGCUCGCUAUUCGACUCCAGUUGACAUUUGGAGUAUAGGCACCAUAUUUGCUGAAUUAGCAACUAAAAAACCACUUUUCCAUGGAGAUUCAGAAAUUGAUCAGCUCUUCAGAAUUUUCAGAGCUUUGGGUACCCCCAACAAUGAAGUGUGGCCAGAUGUGGAAUCUUUACAGGACUAUAAGAAUACAUUUCCCAAGUGGAAACCAGGAAGCCUAGCAUCCCAUGUCAAAAACUUGGAUGAAAAUGGCUUGGAUUUGCUCUCGAAAAUGUUAGUCUACGAUCCUGCCAAACGAAUUUCUGGCAAAAUGGCACUGAAUCAUCCAUAUUUUAAUGAUUUGGAUAAUCAGAUUAAGAAGAUGUAGUUUUCUGACAGUUUCCACAUGUUGUAUCAAGAACAGAUAGCUAUAUUUUACCGUCAACUCUAUUUUUGUCUUCUGUAUUUUUGUUUCCUUUGCUAUAAAACUUAAGCUGUACUUCAUCUUCAAACUUCAAAAGUUGUAACUUAAAAAUGUAAAUAUUGUUCUAUAUGAAUUUAAAUAUAUUCUGUAUAUGUGUGUAGAUCUCACUGUAACAACUAUUUGUUACUAUAAUAAAGCUAUAACCUCUAAUAUUGAUGUCAGAAA